CACACACACUUAAGACCUACAUACAUAUACGCAUUAAAGCACUUAGAACGUCCACACAAACCUCUCAAACAUUCCUUUUUAUGCUUUUUGAACAACAGUGGAAAGUAAAGGCUCAUCUCUCUCUUUCUCUUUUUCUUUCUCUCUCAAUUUGCUUCCUGCAGCCAUGGAUACGGCUCACUGGCCACAGGAGAUCGCGAUGAAGCCUAUGGAAGAAAUGGUAGUACAAAACGCCACGAACUCAUGUUCAAAACCAUCUUCGAAUUCUUCAUCUUUAGAAAGAAGGGCAAGGCCACAAAAAGAAGCAGCUAUAAACUGUCCAAGAUGCAAUUCUACAAACACCAAGUUCUGUUACUACAACAAUUACAGCCUCUCGCAGCCUAGAUACUUUUGCAAGACUUGUAGAAGAUACUGGACAGAAGGUGGGUCUCUUAGAAACGUUCCUGUUGGUGGUGGCUCAAGGAAGAACAAGAGAUCAUCGUCUUCUAUAUCAUCUCAUUCUUCUAUCUCAAAGAAGCUGCCUGAUCUGGUUGUACCUCCUGCAGCAACCCCAGUACUUUCUCAAAACCCUAGGAUGCAUCAUGAGCAUGGGCAAGAUCUAAAUCUUGGUUUCCCAUCAACCAAUGAUUUCAAGACUAUUUCUGAGCUUAUUCAAGUACCCAAUUUUGAUGGGACCAAGAACACCACUUCCGCUUCAGGCACCACCACUUCUUCAGCUCAUCUUUCGGCUCUGGAACUCUUGACUGGAAUGACAACAAGGGGUAUGAUGAAUUCCUUCAUGCCAAUUCCAGUUCCUGAUCCCAAUUCGGUUUACUCAUCGUCAGGACAGCUGAUGAUUCCCAUGCCAGAAUUCAAGAUUCCAUCGCUUAGUUUUUCAUUGGAUGGAAUGGGAGGCAAUGGUGGGGGUGCAACGACAACUACUCAUGAUGGGCAUCAUAGUGUUGAACAAAAUAGAGAUCAGAAUGGUGAUACCAAUGGAUUUUGGACUGGAAUGUUAGGAGGAGGCUCAUGCAAUCAUAUCAUGAUCUUCAAUCAAGAUCGAGGGUCCUGA